AUGACCAAGCUCGUUGACCACGGUGAGCAAUUCUCCGCGCUUGGUGUCGGGGACGUUGGAAUGCCAAGACAUCUUGAACCGGGGGGCAAAGACAUUCGGUUAGGGAUCAGCCCUUACGGAGAGACCUCUCACAUAGCAGCCUUCAAUCUCAGCACUGCAUGUCAAGACGUUGCCGCCGCACAGAAGUCCCCGUUUAUUCCCCAAGUCUCUGGAUACGCAGCUGCGCUCGGAAACCACUACGGCGGGCACUUUGGUUCACAUGAAUACAGAGCUAUUGACUCCAUGGAUUUUUCGAUCAGGUAUCGCACUUCAGACAUUGUCGAUAUAGCAACAAGGGAUGCUGAGCACGGAUUUUUCAGCCGCACCUCAGCAGAAAGUGUACGAAUGCCCCUGAUGAUCUCUGAAAACCUGGUGCACCCUCUCUUUCCAUCUAUAUACGCAUCCCCAAACGCAUCCCCAAAUGGAUACAUAGCGAACAGCAGGGCGCAUUUGGGUUCACAGGGAGACGUAUACGUGGGAGCAGAUCCGCAUCAACCUGUCUCCAGCCAGCACCCACACGUCAGUGCCAGCCAGCUCCACUUUGAUCACAAUGUGGAGAUGGGUAUGAGAGUGGCAACACAGAAUGGUAACGGUGCUUUCUUUCGAUACAUUCGACAGCCCUCUAAGCAGGACGUCACAUGUAAAUGGGUAGAUGAGAAUCAAACAAAUCAACCCCAAAAAACGUGCGGCAAGAUGUUCUGCUCCAUGAUCGAACUGGUUUCGCACGUCUCCAUGGAUCACGUCGGUGGUCCAGACCAGGGUCUGCACACUUGCUUUUGGGAGGAUUGUCCGAGAGAAGGUCAAUCUUUUAAAGCAAAGUAUAAAUUAGUCAACCACAUUCGUGUACACACUGGAGAAAAGCCAUUCAAUUGUCCGUUUCAUGGUUGUGGGAAAAUAUUUGCCAGGUCGGAAAAUUUGAAAAUACAUAAAAGGACUCAUACAGGUAAUGAGCCUGCCAUACAUUCUAUCAAAUCAACCGGCCUAACACAGUAUUUAAUGUGUUAUAUGAAACUGGUUAAAGUUACAAUGCGCUCUGUUUUAAAACUGCUAUGGGUCCAACUUUGGCUAACUACCAGUCAAUAGGCCUAUCCAAAAGCAAUUUUAACGCACAACGCACUGCAAUUUAUGAAAUUAAUUUCUACGCAUUUUCUUUGGCAGGUGAAAAGCCUUUUAAAUGCAAUUUCGAAGGCUGUGACAGGCGGUUCGCCAAUAGCAGCGACAGAAAAAAACACAUGCACGUACAUACCUCAGACAAGCCAUACAACUGCAAGGUGUGUGACAAGGCCUACACUCAUCCCAGCUCUCUGAGGAAACACUCGAAGGCAAGCCAUCAUUUCUGGUGAAAGAAUGCCAGCGUAUAUGACCUAUAUUUAUAUGACCUAGGAUAUAGAAAUCAAAUGAUUCUCCAUUGUUAUAUCUAAUUGAAAGAAAACACACACAUAUAUAGGCUAUGGAUAAAACUGAAGGACUAGGCUACAUAUCCUGUUUUUGUAAAUUGGAGCAAUCAAAAAAUACACUUUUGAGUAAUCACAUCUACAAUAAAUGUUCUCACUUUGCAGGUUCACGAAUCUCAAAGCUCAGGGACCUCCCCAACCGGAACCUCUGGAUAUGAGUCAUCCACGCCACCAGCUCCGUGUAGACCUAUGUCCUCAACCAUCGAAGACUCGACAAAACCAUCCAUGCUGGUCAAGCAUCAUAAGUCAAUAUUUAAAGAGGAUCUCUCAUCCAAUUGUGUUGAA